AUGGUCUAUAAAAAUCGGGUAAAAUUCAAGCCUGUAAAAACUAAUACAACCAACUACUAUGUAAAAUGUUAUUUCAACGAGAAGAAUGAAGUAGAGCAUGCAAAUGAGCAAGAUGAGAGAAACAGGAAAUGUCCUUGGUUGCUAAAUGCCGCUGUGAGGAAAUCAACAAAUGGGCAAUUUGUAAUAUCUAGAUAUUGCGGGCUUCAUACAUGUUGCAAUCCGUCGGUGGACGUCGAUCAUUAUUCUGCAUCUUCCUCUUAUAUAUGUAAGCUAAUUAUGCCUGAAGUUAGAGCUGAACUUGAUCUAAAUGCAAGUCAGAUAUUUCAAAGGGUAUAUGAUAUGCGAGGCAUUAAGAUAUCUAAAUAUAAGGCAUAUGAUGCAAGGAGGAAAGCGUUGUCGAAAAUAUUUGGAGAUUGGGAAAAAUCUUAUGAAUUACUUCCACAGUAUCUUGAAGCUAUCAAGCGAAAUAAUCCGGGUACUGAAUAUGAAAUAUUGUCUGAAGAGAUUGCACCGGGGAUGGAGAGGUUCACUCGAGUAUUUUGGGCAUUUGGUCCGGCUAUUAAGGGCUUCACUUUUUGUCGUCCGUUAUUGAGCAUUGACGGUACACAUCUAUAUGGCAAGUACAAAGGCGUGCUUCUUGUGGCGACCGGUGUAGAUGCAAAUGGCGGUUUAUUUCCUCUAGCAUUUGCAGUUGUGGAGGUAGAGGAUACUUCUAGUUGGAAGUGGUUCUUUGAACUUAUAUACAAGUGGAUUCCUAGUGUCCGUGCGCCCAGAUUAAUUACUUUUAUCUCAGAUAGGAUGAAAGGAAUUAUAAGGGCAUUACAUGAGGGUUUUGGUGCACCACAUCACCAUCGAUAUUGUUUGAGGCAUAUAAGAGAUAAUUUUAAGAAAAAACACGGUGAGAUUAAUUUGCAAAAUCUUUUGUGGCAAGCUGGGUGUGCAACCGAUACAUUAGUGUAUGAACAUUGUAGAGAGAAGAUCAAGUCUUUGUCAUUAGAUGCACAUAAUUGGAUUGAACAUAACUUGAAGCCUCAAUUCGAGCAUCGAUGGGCAUUAUGUAAGGAUGAGGGUGUGCGGUUUUGCAUGAUGACAACUAAUUGCUCCGAGAGCUUUAACGGCGUUCUUAAAGGAGCACGAGCUAUGCCAAUACAAUCAUUGGUUGCAAGAACGUUCUAUAGGCUAAACUCAUACUUCAACAAAAGGCGUGAGGACGGUGUAGACUGGACAACGCGUUACACACCAAAGAAUGAGUCUAUUUUGCAUAGAAGAAUUGAGGCGGCAAGAUUAUGUCAAAUUACUGUAUUCAAUGACAAUGAAUGGCAGGUACAUGAUUAUGAUGGUAUCUACACCGUUAAACUGUUUGAUGUUGAUUGCACUUGCACAUGUAACAUACCACAACUUUAA